GCGAUCGGCGAAGCUUCCCGGACUGCGCGUUUUUUGGAUCAUUGGACUUCGCGCGUAGCCUUUUAGUAUUUAAUUUUAAUUAGUGAUAUCAAAAAUGGGUGCAUAUUUAUCAGAACCUGUUACGGAAAAGUUAUCAAGUGAUGAAAACAAUGAUAAACUGGAGUGCGGAGCUAGUUCCAUGCAGGGUUGGCGUGUCAAUCAAGAGGAUGCACACAACACAAUCUUGGAUUUCGACGAAGAUACUUCUUUAUUCGCUGUUUACGAUGGGCACGGAGGAGCGGAGGUUGCCACCUAUUGCUCACAAAAAUUACCGGAUUUCAUAAAGAAUACUGAAGCAUAUAAAAGCGGGAAAUUCGUCGAAGCUCUAUCGGAUGCCUUCCUAGGUUUCGAUGCUACUAUCGCCACAAAAGAAGUUAUGGAUAUUUUAAAAGAACUCGCAGGUGAAAUCAAUCCGCCUGGGCCAAGUGACAAUGAAGAAUCUGACGAAGAUAACAUUAGUAAUUUGUAUAAAGAUGCGCAUCUCCCAUUACAGGAGGUACUGGCUAAGUAUGAAAACAAGUUAACCAACCUUCAUAGAACACGACUUGGAGACACUGCCACACCAUUAUCACCAUGUCUCAGAGCCAAAAGAAAUUCAGAGGAACCUGGAGUCAGUGCUUCAAGCUCUGGAGUCUCUUGUGCAGCUGGUUCUAGUUCAGAAGAAGUUACUGAUGAAGCAACAUCAACCAAAAAUGGUGAUGUACUGGAUUCGGUAAAAGCAGAUGAUGAUACUGGUGGUGUUUCUUCCACUAAUUCCAAUGAAGAGAAAGACUUAAAUGGAGAGGUAUCUACCAGCGAGACCAAAGACAAUGAUGUUGCAAUGGAGGUGGACAAGGCAGAAACAGCUCCAGACAGCUCGGCCGAAACGUGUACACUCCCUGAACCCAGCGCAGGGGCAAAGCCAACUAGCAAUGGCCCCACAUCAGAGGGCUGCAAUGGUGAAGUAACAGAGUCCAAAGCUGACAUUGAAGAGAAUAAUAUAACAUCCUCUAACGGUUCCGCAACACCCUCAAAGUCAGGAAAAGGAAAAGAAAAAGCCUCUCCAGUUUCUAGUUCAGACAAAGUGCCAGAGAGACCAAAGAAGUCUAAAUUGAGACGCGCAGCGGCUGCUGUAUACGAAUCACUUUUACGUCAAGCCACAGUGGAAGACGAUGAUGACGAAAGUGAUUCGAAUGAUGAAACAUUUGAAGGCGGAGAAGUUGAUUCCUCAGAAGAAGACAAUGUGAAUGGCAUCGGUGAAUCAGAAAAUGAUGAUGAAGAUGAAGACGGGGAGGAAGAGGAAGAUGAGAAUGAGGCAGAUUCCAGUGAUGAGGAUGGCGAAGAGGACAUCCUGAUGGACGAGGAGCCCGGAAACGACAGUGGGUGUACUGCAGUUGUUGCCUUAUUGAAAGGAAAUGAGCUGUUCGUAGCUAACGCUGGCGACUCCCGUUGUAUAGUCUGUCGGGACGGAAAAGCGAUCGACAUGUCCAUAGAUCACAAACCAGAAGACGCUCCCGAACUAGAGCGAAUAACGAAAGCCGGCGGCAAAGUUUCGGGUGACGGUAGAAUUAACGGCGGUUUAAAUCUGUCGCGUGCCAUCGGGGACCAUUCUUAUAAGCAAAACAAGGAACUAAACGACAAGGAACAGAUGAUCACAGCCUUACCGGAUGUGAAGACUUUAACUAUAGAACCGGAAAAGGACCAAUUUAUGGUAUUAGCGUGCGACGGAAUCUGGAACUUCAUGUCUAGUCAAGAUGUCUGCGACUUCAUCCUGCCCCGAUUGGCUGAAGGAAGGGAGAGGCUUUCACAGAUUUGCGAGGAGAUGUUCGACCAUUGCCUAGCCCCGAGUACCGUCGGAGACGGCACAGGCUGCGACAACAUGACGGCCAUCAUCGUCAGAUUUAAAAGCGGGAAGAUAUCAGACGUAGCUCAACACACCGAGGGCGCCAAAAAGCGCGCAGCCGAAGAUUCAUCCGAAGAAAAAGAUUCGAAACGGCAAAAGACUGAAGACUCGCUGUCUAGUUCCGUAGUGACUUCCAGUGUUUAGACGUGUGGUAACACUGAUAGUGUAAGUUAAUGGGAUCUUAUUGGACAGUUUUGUUUUAUGAUAGGACGAUGGAUCCAAAGGGAUCUGUAAUUUACAGACUUUAAAUAUAUUUGUUAUUCUAGCCUGGAUAACAAAAAUUAAUAACUUCAGAAAUAAGAGAAAGUAUUGAAUCUUAUUUAAUUUUUAGUAUUGUAUGGCAGAUGCCUACAGAAUACAGUUGUCACAUCUUAGAAGGGAGUAGAUUGUUUCUCAAUUAGCAAAGUAUUUCAAGAUUUAUUUGCUAUACGAAUAUGACUGUGACGUAAUAUUGAUUUUAUUAAAUAAUCAUUCCACUCUCAAAAUUUUAAGUUGAUGAAUCUAUUUCUUAAUUUCUCGAGUGUAGACCAGUGAAACUUUACAAUAAUUAAUAUUGCAUUUUGUAUCAAUUUAGUAUAGUUUUUAAACAGUAACAUAAUAUUUAUUUAGCCUUUCUUUCUUUAUACCGGUUAUGAAUUAAAUAUUCUUAAAUAACAGUUGUGUUUGGUGAUAACUUGACUACAGCUAAACUUACUAGUGGAACCCAGUGAUGUUAAAAACUAGACCACUUCAUGUUUAUUAUAAAUGUUACGGAAGAAGUUUUCCUAAAAAAGGUAACACUUCAAGGUGCAUCUUUUGUGAGAUAAAAAACCCAGAAAUCUGUCAUCAAGGCUGGGUUUAUAUUAGUCCGCCGUUUGGCCGCCUCACCGCGAGAUCACAAGCAAUAGUACAUACUAUGCGCAUAUGCGCAGCGCACAUGUCUGCGCUGUGCGACGUGUGCGUUACUGCAUAUAAUUGCAUAGGUUCUAUUUCCACGGACUAA